AUGACGCUAUCAUCGGUACGCGGUCCGGACGCGAUUGCUGAGCCUCGCUCUAGUGGAAUAAACGUUAUUGUUGUUGGAUUAGGGAUUGGAGGAUUAGCUGCAGCGAUUGAAUGCCAUCGCAAAGGUCACUUGGUCACAAUCCUUGAAAAGGCCUCCUCACCACGAGCUCAAGGGGAUUGUAUUGGAAUUGGAACGAACGCAGCCCGUGUUGUCUCAAAAUGGGGAACAAAUGGACAGGUUCACCGGCAGCUCGAAGCCCAGGUGAGCCAUGUCCGAGCGGUCGAUAUACACGACCAUACGGGGGCUUUCAUCGUGACGAAUGAGAUGUCUGGUUUUCGAAAAGGUGACGGGUACUUUCUGAACCGGUGUGACCUGGCAAAUAUUCUGUAUAAGCAUACGCAAGAGCUUGGAAUUGAGGUCAAGUUCAGUGCGCGAGUCUCAGAAUACUUCGAGACACACGAGAGCGCCGGGGUGAUAGUCAAUGGCCAGAGGAUGUCGGCAGAUUGUGUAAUCGCUAGUGAUGGUGUUCAUAGCAAAGCUCGAGGAUUCGUGACAGACAUGGACCCGUCACCCGUGAGUUCGGGCUAUGCUGCCUUCCGGGCUUAUUUCGACGCCGAUGAAAUUACUUCAGACCCCGAGGCAAACUGGUUGCUUGCCGGCGCAGGAAAAACUGACCAGGCGUUAGCAUUUGUGGGCAGGGGGUGCGAGCUCACCAUGUGCACUGUGAAGCUAGGUCAGGCUGUGAUGUGGAUCUUUACCCAUGCGGACCCCAACGGCAAUGCUCGCGAGUCCUGGACAGCCCCGGCUAAUGUUCAGGAUGUGCUUGAUCGGAUCAAGGAUUGGCCCUGUUGGGGCCGGAUUGCUCCGAUAAUCAAGCGGACACCGGCCGGAAAGGCGAUCAAUUUCCCCCUGCUCACGAGGCCUCCCCUCGAGACAUGGCUAUCGCCUGAAAGGCGAGUUCUCUUGGUAGGAGACGCUGCCCAUCCGUAUCUCCCUAUGGCUGGCCAAGGCGCUAGUCAAGCCAUUGAAGAUGCGGCUGUGUUGGCAAUUGCUCUGGAGCUUUCAGGGAAGGAAAACGUGCCGCUUGGAUUACAGGCGGCGGAAAAGAUCAGGCAUCACCGAGCGACCCUGAUUCAGACCGGCGGGAAGGAGAACCACGAUUCAUGGCACCAACCAGAUUGGGACGCAAUUAAAGAGAACCCGGACCUGAUGAAAACACCACGGCCAACAUGGAUCCUUGGGCACGAUUGCCAAUCGUCUGCGUACGAGGAGCUUCCUAUUGCGGUUGAAGCUAUCUUGCUUCAUAAGGAAUAUGUCCCUGUCAACAUUCCUGCCGAAGGAAUGCACCGGGCAAACGACUUCAAAGGCUUAAAGCAGUCUCUUGGCGGGCGGUGA